AUGUGUCUUCCUUCUGAAGCAUAAAUUUUUCUGAAAGAAAAAGAGAAAAGGAAAAAGAAAAUCUUUAUUUUGCUAGUUUUCUUGUUUAGCUGAUGAUUAUGGAACGUAAAUUUCAACCUGUCAUAGUUUUUAGCUUCAGUAGAAGAGAGUGUGAACAACACGCCAUGUCAAUGUCGAAGCUUGACUUCAAUACAGAAGAGGAGAAAGAUGAUGUGGAGAAGGUUUUUCAUAGUGCAAUGCUAUGUUUGAAUGAGGAAGAUAGAAAUUUACCUGCUAUUGAGUUAAUGUUGCCACUACUUAAGAGAGGCAUUGCUGUACAUCAUUCUGGCCUUCUUCCUGUAAUCAAGGAAUUGGUGGAGCUUCUCUUCCAGGAAGGCCUUGUAAAAGCUCUCUUUGCAACAGAAACUUUCGCUAUGGGUUUAAACAUGCCUGCAAAAACUGUUGUGUUUACUUCUGUUAAGAAGUGGGAUGGUGAUAGCCACCGCUAUAUUGGAUCGGGUGAGUAUAUCCAGAUGAGUGGAAGGGCUGGUCGUCGUGGCAAAGAUGAGCGGGGAAUUUGUGUCAUAAUGGUUGAUGAGCAGAUGGAAAUGAAUAUGCUUAAAGACAUGGUUUUGGGUAAACCAGCACCUCUGGUCAGCACUUUCAGACUGAGCUAUUAUUCAAUUUUGAAUUUAAUGAGCCGUGCUGAAGGCCAGAUCAGUGCAGAGCAUGUAAUAAGGAAUUCAUUCCACCAAUUUCAGUAUGAGAAGGCUUUACCUGGCAUAGGAGAAAAGGUUUCUAAACUGGAGCAGGAAGCUGCCUUGCUUGAUUCUUCAGGAGAGGCUGAAGUCGCUGAAUAUCACAAGCUAAUACUUGAUAUAGCACAGCUAGAGAUGAAGCUGAUGUCAGAAAUCUUAAGGCCUGAAAGAGUUCUUUACUAUCUCGACCCUGGACGUCUGAUCAAGGUGAGGGAAGGGGGAACAGAUUGGGGGUGGGGAGUUGUAGUUAAUGUUUUGAAAAGGCCCUCCGCAGGGUCAGGUACAUUGCCCUCACGUGGUGGCAGCUAUAUUGUUGAUACUUUACUCCAUUGUUCACCCGCUUCAAGUGAGAAUGGACCUCGAUCAAAACCAUGCCCACCCCAUCCUGGUGAGAAGGGGGAAAUGCAUGUGGUUCCAGUUCAGUUGCCCCUAAUUUCUGCUUUAAGUAAAAUUAGAAUAUCUAUUUCUCCUGAUCUUCGUCCCUUGGAGGCAAGGCAAAAUAUACUACUUGCAGUGCAGGGGCUAGAAACUCGGUUUCCUCAAGGCCUUCCAAAGCUUAAUCCUGUAACGGACAUGAAAAUUGAAGAUCCAGAAAUUGUUGAGUUGGUGAAACAAAUUGAAGAACUUGAAAAGAAGUUAUUUUCUCAUCCAUGCUUCAAGCAAUCUCAAGAUGAGCAUCAGAUUACAUAUUUUAAAAGGAAAGCAGAGGUUAAUCAUGAAAUUCAACAACUGAAGUCCAAAAUGCGUGAUUCCCAGCUUCAAAAAUUCCGUGAUGAACUUAAGAACCGUUCAAGAGUCUUGAAGAAGCUUGGCCACAUAGAUGCUGAUGGUGUUGUCCAGCUGAAGGGGCGGGCAGCCUGCUUGAUAGACACUGGAGAUGAACUGCUUGUUACUGAGCUGAUGUUCAACGGUACAUUCAAUGAUCUUGAUCAUCACCAGGUAGCAGCCCUUGCAAGCUGUUUCAUUCCAGUAGAUAAAUCAUCUGAACAAACACAGUUGAGGACAGAGCUUGCUAAACCAUUGCAGCAACUUCAAGAAACUGCAAGAAAAAUAGCGGAGAUACAACGGGAAUGCAAAUUGGAAAUAAAUGUGGAUGAGUAUGUGGAAUCAACAGUGAGGCCAUACUUGAUGGAUGUGAUUUACUGUUGGUCAAAGGGGGCUUCUUUUGCAGACGUAAUACAGAUGACUGAUAUAUUUGAGGGUAGUAUCAUUCGGAGUGCCAGAAGGCUUGAUGAGUUUCUGAACCAGCUUUCCGCUGCUGCUCAAGCUGUUGGAGAGACUGAUUUGGAGAGAAAGUUUGCAGUAGCCAGUGAAAGCCUUCGCCGAGGUAUAAUAUUUGCAAAUUCUCUAUAUUUGUAAGUAAUUUUUUUGCGGGCCCGUGCCUGUUGCACUCUGUAGCAGAAAAGUUUGGAUGGCGAUUUUGACAUGGUAGCUGUGAGAUAAACUGACACCAUUGUUUUCUUUUGUUUCCUUCAUAGUAGUAUUAUUAAGUUCAUGUAGAACAAAAGAAUAAUAUGACAAUAGAGCUGCACUUUCUGCUGGUAAUUUUUACUGUAUUUGAAUCCACAUCUUACAUAUGAC